AUGAAUUUCGACUCGGGCAUCUACGCAGAGUCGGACGCCGACGACGAAUACGAGCGUAGUCUUGGGCCCAACUCGCCCGUCGCCGACGACGAGGGAUCACCAAUCGACUCCGAGCUCCCCUCUUCCAGCGAGCACACGCCCACCACCUACGGCCACCGCAGCAGUGCCGACCGCCUACCCGAAACCAUCAUCUCUGAGUGGACUGCCGAUGAGUGCGCCGACUUUAUCAGCACAAUUGGCCUGCCGCAGUAUGCCGAUAGCUUCGUUGAGAACGAAAUUGUCGGCGAAGCCUUGGUUGCUUUACAGCAUGACGACCUCAAGUCCAUGGGCAUCGCCAGUGUCGGGCAUCGCCUUACUAUCCUGAAGAGUGUCUACGACGUGAAGAAGGCCCAGGACAUCCCCAUAGAAAGCGACCACUAUGUGCCCUUGUCUGCCGAUGCGGAAGCUCAGUAUGCGACAGCUACCCUUAAGGAUAUUAAACACCUUGUUGAGCAGCUUCGCUUGCGAGACGAGAGGAUGAGCCUGGUGGAGAAGGACCUGCGUAGACUGUCAGAAGAUUUCAGGCGGCUGCGGGAGGAUAUGCUGCCUGCGUUGCGUCUAGCAAAGGACUCGUCACAACCACUACCGAAUGUCUCCAACAACAACAAUAACAACAACAGCAAUAACAACAACAGUAACAACAACAACGGCAACAACAACAGCCAGAAUUAUGGUUACGACACUGUAUCGCCACCGGCACCGACGCCUUCUUCGGCCCAGUCGAUGAGCCUACAGCGCCAGUACUCCACCAAGAGGAUUAUGCUGGGAACGACGCCCAAGAGCAGCUCGCCAUCACAUCUGCAAACAACCCACGAGAGGUCGAUGGAACAAACGCUGGAUCCAUCAAAUGCCGCGGAGCGAGCCGUCUUGUCAUCGUCGCACCUUGCAGCCAUGAACGGUUCAGCUACAGCUACCUCGCCCGGCUACCCGUCUCCAAACAUGCCCUCGCCAACAUCUCCUCCUACGCACGGUGGUGCAACGCUGGGUUCACGAUCUUAUCGCUCCGACCGCUCGGAAGUCCCCACCCCUUCCUCACGAUCAACUUUUGCCGAGAACGACCACGGAUACAAGGCUCGCGAACAAGCCACUGCGCCGAAACGUGGACCGACCCCCGCCCCCGAUACGCCGAAUACGAGCAACGCGUCCGUCGAGAUCUUCAAGUCGUUCCGGGUUAGUAUGGACGAUCCGUGCUACAAGGUCCUACCAGCCGCUCUCAAAAAGUACCAGAUUAAUGCACCUUGGGAUCAAUACGCGCUCUACAUUGUCUACGGUGAUCAGGAGCGCUGUUUAGGACUGGAAGAGAAGCCUCUUAUCCUGUUCAAGCAGUUGGAUAAGGAGGGCAAGAAGCCCAUGUUUAUGUUGCGGAAGACGAACAACGCACAAGUCGACCCAUCAUCAGAACAGCCAGGAAGCGCCGGACUUGGGGCUAGAGGCGCGACAAUGGGAUAUGAUCCGCCCGGUGGUAUCAUUUAG